ACCGCCGCUCCCCACACACAAACUCAUCGUCCGAAGCUGAUCACCACAGACAGUGCAAGAGGAUCCCGAGCAGAAAUGAAGCUGUCACCCGCUGCCACUCUCAACUCCUCACUCAAUGAGGAAAACAGCCAGAGGAGAGAGUUUUACUCAGCAGAGUGGGAGGAUCAAAUCAUGAGAACUCGCCCUCAGGAUGGAUGCACUUUAAACGAGGUGAAUCGUGCCCGUAAGGAGAGUUACGACAGGAAAUAUCAGGUGACCUACUUGGUGCAGCGAAGCCCGAACAACAUCAUGAGGAUGGGCUGCCUGGGUGAGGAUCUAACUGAGUACCUCCUGCCAUAUCGUCCCCUGCUUCCACUGCCCAUCUUCACACCGACUCCCAUCAGCACUAAAGUGGAGAGGGCAAUGACUCCAUCAGAGCUGAGUGGCAUCAUGGAGUUCGAGCGGGCUCUGGGCAUGAGUGGGAGCUGCCAGGACAAGAGAGACAUCUCGGAGAUCACCAAAGAACUUCCUCCAGUCAUGCAGCCUGUCAGACUUGAUGGCACGAAAGCAGACAUGGUUCAAAGAUCCCUGUCCAGGUCCAUGUCUCACGAGGCUCAGAGAGGCUGAGAGAGGUAGGGCAGCAGUGAGAGGGCUUGUGGUGUUACCAUAUGCCUGUGUAAUAUUUUGGUGCAGUGUACAGGUUAAUCAGGGUGUGAAGAUGUGACGUUAGAAGAAUGAAAGGUGAUCUAAAUGAAAUAUAUAAAAUUCUUAUGGGACUUGACAGGUUACAAAGUGUUUCCCCCUGGCUGGGAAACUUAGAAAAUGGGGGUCACAAUCUCAAGAUAAGGUGUCGGCCUUUUAAGAUUGAAAUGAGAAGAAUUCUUUUUCAAUCAAAGAUUUGUGAAUCUUUGGAAUUCUCUACCCUAGAGAGCCGUGGAUUCUCAGUCAUUGAGUAUACUCAGGACAGAGGUUGAUAGAUUUUUGAUACUGAAAGGAAUUAAGGGAUGUUGGGAUAAUGUGGGAAGGUGGAGGUGUGUUAAAUUAGCUGUGGUAGAGCAGGUUGGGAGGGGAUGGCCUACUCCUCCUAUUUCUGGUGUCCUUGUCUUCAGUAUCAGUCCACUCACUGCCUGGCAGCUGGGAAAGGCUCAGAAUGCUCUGACACCGGAUUGGGCAAUAGAAUUAAAGAAGGACAAGGAGAAGGAAACAGAGGAUGUGAGAGAGUAAUGGAUAUGCUGAGGCAAACGCUCAUUAAUGUCUUAUAUCUCCUAAUAUUCAGUGUAUCAGUUUUAUCCCAGUGGUCUUAUUUUAAAUGAUUGUUUUGUACUGAUUUUUGACAUUGAAAUAAAGCCUGAUAAAAUUC